CACACACACACACACACACACACGGUUUCUUUGAUUGGCUUCUAUUUACUCCAGCUGAGGUAUGUCAGCUUUAGGCUGCAGCCAAUCACAAGUCACCUUUAGGAGUAAGAAACAAAGAUAACUGAGGGACUUGUUGUAUAGCGUAGUGGGAGGCAGAGAGAGAGAGAGAGAGAGAGAGCGAAGCUUAGAGUCACAUGGUAGGUUGUGGUUUUGGUUUACUGUUUCAUUUUGCUUCUGCUUUUUUGGUUUUGCAGGUGCUGACUUUCAUUUCUCUGGUGUCACAUCUUGUGACUGAGCCGAGUUUAAAUUUGCUGUUAACUUAAAUUCAAAUGCUUUGUUUGUCUUUGAAGAUGGCAGUCACUAUUUUAUCCAUCUUGAUUGCUGCCAUCCCUGUGGCCUACUGCUAUCCAACUGCCUUCCAAAACCUGGAGGAAAGUCGCAGCAACAGAACCUCCAUUAAGUUUCUGGCAGUGGGCGACUGGGGUGGCGUGCCUUAUCCCCCCUACAUCACCGCUGUGCAGAAGGCCACAGCUCAAGAAAUGAGCAAAAUAGCAGACCAGAUGGGAGCUGAUUUUGUUCUUGCUCUGGGCGAUAACUUCUACUACAAAGGUGUGAACACUGUGGAUUCUCCUCGGUUUAAGGAAACUUUUGAAUCUGUGUACACUGCAAAGUCCCUCCAAGUCCCUUGGUAUGUGAUCGCUGGCAAUCACGACCAUGCAGGGAAUGUCAAAGCCCAGAUCGACUACAGCAGCAGAUCUAACAGAUGGAAAUUCCCCUCGUACUACUAUGAGCUGAACUUCCGCAUUCCCAACACGGGGAAGACUCUGACCAUCAUCAUGCUUGACACUGUGAUGCUUUGCGGUAACUCUGACGACAAUUCAGACAAGAAGCCAAGUGGACCCCUGAAUGAAUUGGAUGCCAAUCGCCAGCUGGCUUGGCUGCAAGAGAGACUGGCUCUGUCCAAGGCCGACUUCCUGUUGGUGGCAGGCCACUACCCUGUUUGGUCUGUGUCCGAGCACGGCCCCACAAAGUGUCUGGUGCAAAGCCUCCGUCCACUGCUCAUCAAAUACAAGGCCACUGCUUACCUCUGCGGCCAUGACCACAACCUGCAGUACCUCGAAGAGUCUGACAUAGGCUAUGUGGUGAGUGGUGCUGGAAACUUCCUGGAUCCUGACACCCGCCACUGGCAACAUGUUCCCAAAGGUUCUCUUAAGUUUUUCACCGGCAAGGCUUCAACACUGGGAGGAUUCAUCCAUGCAGAAGUGACAAAGAACAAGAUGACUGUGACUUUCUACCAGGCUAAAGGCACUUCUCUCUAUCGCACAGUUCUCUCGCAAAGAGAUCUUGAAUAGACUGAUGAGCAGGAACAGUUAUAUACGGUGUAAUCUGCAGCGUAAGUGUGAAAUCAAGUAAUGAGUCUUGAUCUCGUUUGUUUUAAAAAAUCUUUGGCAUUAACUUCAAAGCAUUUUUAAAAGAAUCAUCUGGUUUUAAAUGUGACUUUAUGCUACUGUAAAAUAAAUAGUGCCUUUGUCAUCUGUCCUGAACUGUCCUGAACUGUCCAUCUGUCCUGAACUUUUGGAAAUGUGGCUGUGGUGCUUGAAUUUCUUACUCUGCAAGUGCAUCUGAAUUUAUGUCUUUCAAAACAUAUGAGAAAUUAGAGAAAGCAUUGAAUGAUUUGGGGGCUUACACUGAUUUCUGAAACCUGUCAAGUCUUAUUCAAUCCAAAGACUUAGGAAAUGUACAGGUUUUAUUCUUCAUAAGA